CGCUUCCUGUUUUGAGACCUUCAGAGUCUCGUGUACAGUUAGCCGAUAGCGGGGACUUAUUCUGCGUGUUUAAAUCAUGAAUAUUCUUUCUCGCUCUCGGUUACUAUUAUCAGUUUGUAGACAUUACAGUUUAUUAGAAGGAACAGGUGUUUUAAGACGUGUCACUUCGUUAAAUAAAGCCCGGGGCUGUAGCUAUUUAACUACGUGCCAACAACAAUGGCGUUACGCAGCUUCACUCCGGUGUUUCUCUGAAGCCAACAGAAGUUUCUCUGACAGCAGUGAAAGUAGUCAGUCAGAUAACACGGGGACUACUGAGGAGAGACCGAAUAUAAUGGAAAAUCUCGGCUCCUCAGAGUCUUUCACACUGGAUGUCCUGGUGUCUCUGCUGCGUCAGGAGAACGCUGUGGACCUCUGUGUGAUUAAAGUCCCGGACCAUAUCAACUAUGCAGAUUACUUCAUUGUUGUUAGUGGUUUAUCUCCAAGACACAUCCAUGCCAUGGCUUUUUACGCACUCAAAGUGUACAAAUUUCUGAAGAAAGAAAAAGAUGCAAAUGUGAAGAUUGAAGGAAAGGAUUCAGAAGACUGGAUGUGCAUUGACUUUGGUAAUGUUGUUGUUCACUUCAUGCUGCCAGAGACCAGAGAACUGUAUGAACUGGAAAAACUCUGGACUCUUCGUGCCUACGAUGAACAGCUGCAGAAAAUCCCAAUUGAGACGUUGCCAGAAGAUUUUAUUCUGGAUCUUGAACUCACAAAGUGACCAAACACUUAAUCAGCCCAGAACUGAUGAGUUCAGGAGAACUGUGAUGUUUCCAUGAGUAGCAACUCAAUGAUCUUUUGAUACUUAAAAAGAAAAUUUUGAAAAAGACUGAUUUAUUUAGGGUCAAAUAUUGCAAACACAAGUUCUCCUCAUUAUAUUAAACUAUCACACAAUUGGA